GUCUAUGCCGCUGUGCACACGUGUACAUGUAGUUUAUUGUGAAAGCGAUUCUGGUUAAGGAGCGUUCACUCAACGCGCAGCUGUAGACUACGUUACCCAUAAUGCACCGGCGUCGGCUUCCAAGCUGGCUGACUGCUCUCGAAGCAGCGUUUCUCAUUUAAACAAACAGCAACGGAAGAUGGCGGAGACAGAGACGGAGACGGAGCUGAAAUAGAAAGCAGCAAACGAGCAGAAGAGAAGAAGAGAUAUUUCUGUUUGUCGGAGGAGGUGAAAACUGAGCCAAGGCAGUGUGUGUGUGUGAGCGACGGAGUGUGUGUGUGUGUGUGUUUGGACGAGCGGAGGAUCACUGCAUCUUCUCUCCGAUCUGUCACAAGGAUGUGAAGAUCGACAAAGCAGAAGCUUUAAUAAAACACUGCUGACGAGGUGCUGAUAUGUGUAGAAGAUGAGCGGUGUGGGGGAGAACUCCAUGGAGCCUCUGUGCCCCGAUCGCAAACGCAGUCUAUCCACCUGCGACACGCCCGGCCUCGGGUGCGAGAAGCGGCGGCGAGAGCAGGAGAGCAAAUACAUCGAGGAGUUAGCCGAGCUGAUCUCGGCCAACCUGAGCGACAUCGACAGCUUCAACGUCAAACCGGACAAGUGCGCCAUCCUGAAGGAGACGGUGCGGCAGAUCCGACAGAUCAAAGAGCAAGGGAAAGCCUCGUCGAGCGAUGAUGACGUCCAAAAAGCCGACGUGUCCUCCACGGGUCAGGGGGUCAUCGAUAAGGACCACCUCGGACCUCUGUUACUCCAGGCACUGGACGGCUUCCUGUUUGUGGUGAACAGAGAGGGGAGCAUCGUGUUCGUGUCCGAUAACGUCACUCAGUACCUGCAGUACACGCAGGAGGAGCUGAUUAACACCAGCGUCUACAACAUCCUGCACGACGACGACCGAGACGACUUCCACAAGAACCUGCCCCGGAAUAACGUGAACAGCAUGGCGUGGGGAGGAGAAGCUCCUCGACAGAAGAGCCACACCUUUAACUGCCGCAUGCUGGUGAAGUUCGGUGCCGGUCCGGCCGAGGAGAACCCCGGGACGCCCCGCUACGAGACCAUGCAGUGUUUCGCCCUCACACAGCCGAAAGCCAUGAUGGAGGAGGGAGAAGACCUGCAGUCAUGUAUGAUCUGCGUGGCACGACGUGUGACUACGUUGGAGAGAACAGAGAGCUUCAACACCAAACACGAUCCCUCAGGCAAACUGAUUCAGAUAGACCAGAAUUCCCUGCGUGCCUCCAUGCGUCCAGGUUGGGAGGACCUGCUGAGACGCUGUAUACAGAUGUUUUUACAGCACAGUGAUGGACAGCCCUGGUCAAAUAAACGGCACUACCAUGAGGCCUAUCUUCAUGGUCAUGCAGAGACCCCCGUGUACAGAUUUUCGUUAUCAGAUGGCACCCCAGUCACAGCGCAGACCAAAAGCAAGCUCUACCGCAACCCGAUGACCAACGAGCCCCAGGGCUUCAUAUCUACCCACCUGUUACAGAGGGAGCCCAAUGGCUGUCGCACCAACCAAACUGGGGGCAUGAGGCAGCAGGGCAUGGGGGGCGCUAACCCCAACGGCCAAAUGAACAUGGGUCCUGGUGGAGGCAUGGGGAUGGGGGGCAUGAGUGGUAUGGGAGGGAUGGGUAUGAAUCGGGGUUAUGGCAUGAAGGAGAUGGGGCACAUGGGUCACAUGGGUGGUGGGGGGUCCAUGUAUGGGGGCAGCAUGGGCAAUCGAAUGAUGCAGAUGAAUCAGAUGAGUCAAAUGGGUCAAAUGAAUCCAAUGAAUCCUAUGGCUCAGAUGAAUCCUAUGAAUCACCCUGGUCCUGGGAUGCAGCAUCAGCAUCAGCAGCCUCUGUUCCAGGCCUCAGGAGGCUACGGGCUCGGAGGCACGAAUAGUCCGUCUCAAGGCAGCCCGGGUCUAAACGGACCUCAGCAGGGUCUCCUCAUGUCUCCACGCAACAGAGGAAGUCCAAAAAUGGCGUCCAGCCAGUUUUCUCCAGGAGGCAUCCAUUCUCCCAUGGGUCCGGGCAGUGUAGGAGCUUCAUCGGGAGGUGGAGGUGGAACCACCUUUUCCAGCAGCUCUCUCAAUGCUCUUCAGGCCAUCAGUGAAGGAGUAGGCGCCUCCCUGCCAUCCACCCUGACGUCCCCUUCUACGGCACACAAACCCGACUGCUCUCCAAGUGUCCACUCCUCGUCAUCCUCCUCCCAACCUCCUUGUAAGCCAGGACAUGGGGACUCCAAAAGCCCAGCAGGAGCCUACAGUCAUGGACCUGGAGAUCAGCAUCACCCCUUGCACCACCACCAUCACCACAGCCACACCCACCAAGCAGAGAGCAGCAGUGCGGACCGACCCGACAGCCAGGCUGGUGGAGGCAGCAAAGAGUCCGGGGAAGCGACCAGCGACGCUGGGAAUGCUUCAUCAGAACCUCCUCGGAAGAUUCCAGAUGGAAAGGGACACAAAAAGUUACUCCAGCUCCUCACCUCACCGACCGAGGAGCUGGGACUCGGGGUUGGAAGUGGACCUCCUGGACCUCCCACAGGAGGUAACUUGGAAGGUAAGGAACCGGGAUGCGUGACGAGUCCGUCUUCCGUCUCUUCAUCCACCAAUCAGAGCCAGGUUCUUGGAGCGGCAGGAGGAGGACCCUCUGAAGCUCUGGGUUCUUCUCACUACACAGCGUCGCUCCAGAAAAAGCACAAGAUCCUCCACAAGCUGCUCCAGAAUGGAAACACACCUGACGAAGUUGCGAAAAUCACCGCUGAGGCAACGGGUAAGGCGGUGCUCGGACAAGAAGCUGGCGCCGCUGGAGGAGACGCGGGAGGCUCCAACGCAGGACCAGGAGGAGUCUCGGGAACGUCCGAACCCAAGCAGGAGCAACACAGCCCCAAGGAGAAGAAAACCAACGCCCUGCUCCAUUACCUUCUCAACAACAAGGACGACUCCAACUCCAAAGAGACCAGCGACAUCAAACCAAAGCCUGAAGAUCUGGAAGGGAAAGGCAUCACCGGGGGGAACAGUGGCACUCCGCUCAGCAGAGGAGCGCAGGAGAACAUGGAGGGCAAAAUCAAAUCAGAACCUCCUGACGAGCUGGACACCAUCCUCGGAGGCCUGAGGGGUUCCGGAGCAGAUUUCCCAGAGCAGGGGGAUGCAGGAGGUGCUCCUGAUGGAGGGAACAAGCCUCAUUCGUUUGCUGAUGACGGAAUGAUGAACAGGGGAAUGGGAAUGCCGGAGCGCUCACCCAUGGGCCCGGCUGGAGACUGGGGAAUGCCGCGGUCGACCGGCAGCCCCUCCAUCAUGCGUCCUGCCGUCGAGUCCUACAACUCCAAGGGAAUGAUGGGAGGAGGACCCAUGGUGAACAGGUCCAACAGCGUUCCCGGGACCAGGUCCAUGCUGCAGCAACAGCUGAUGGAUAUGGGCUCCGGUGAUCUGAGCAUGGCGAUGGGGCCGUUCAGCCAGCAGCACUGUCCAGACAGUCAGUCGCCGUCCUGGCCGGACAACAUGAUGGGGAUGGACAACAGGCGUCAGUUUGGGAACGCUCUGGAUGAGUUGUUGGUUCCUCCGUCCACGUCUGAGGGUCAGAGUGAUGAGAGAGCUCUGUUAGAUCAGCUCGACUCUCUGCUCAACAACACCGAUGUUUUAGCCCUGGAGGAGAUCGACCGCGCCCUGGGCAUCCCUGACAUCAUCAGCCAGGGUCAGGGUGGAGAUCUGCAGCCCGAGCCCUUCCCCGCACAGGACCCGUCCAUGGUGAUGGAGCAGAAGCCCAUGUACCCCCAGGGUUACCCCGGACCCCCAUCCAUGCCCAUGCCCUCCGGUUACGGUGCCAGCCCCAUGCAGGGUGCGCCUCCCCCUGCGCCCUAUAGCCCCAUGCUCAACCAGAUGGGGCAGCAGGGUAACUACCCCGGGAUGGGCGGCAUGGGGCCGAUGGGGGGCAUGGGGCAUCCGCGCGCUGUCAUAAUGAGACCAAGGAUGAUGAGCGCCACCAAACCUACACGCUUGCAGCUGCAGCAGAGGCUACAGGGACAACAGUUCAUGAGCCAGGCUCGGCAGGGUAUGGGCAUAAAGAUGGAGAAUCCCGGUGGAGGCGGAGGCCCUGGCAUGAGGCCUGGCAUGCAGCCGGGGAUGGGAGGCCAGCCGGGCUUCCUGAACGCUCAGAUGAUGGCUCAGCGUAGCAGAGAGAUGCAGAUGCGGAGACACAAGAUGAUGAUGUUGAUGCAGCAGCAGGCAGCAGGUGGAGGUUUCAGUCCUCCGCCCAACGUCACGGCCCCCACGGGGAUGGAGGGCAUGGGGGGGCCGGGUAUGGGCCAGCCUGGACAGCAGCAGUUCAGCUAUGGAGGAAACUAUGGAAUGGGCCAGCAAGGUGAUCCGUCUUUCGCCCCCGCCGGAGGUCCCAGCCCACCCAACGCCAUGAUGCCAGGCCGCAUGGGGCCUCCUCAGAAUCCCAUGAUGCAGCAGCACCCGCAGGGCGGCCCCAUGUACCAGAGUCCCGACAUGAAGGGCUGGCCUCAGGGAGGAAUGUCACGCAACAGUUCGUAUCCACCACAAGCGUUUGCGCAGCAGGGCUCGGCCACGCCGUACGGCUCCAUGAUGAUGAACGGCGCCAACGCGGGUCACAUGGGGCAGAUGAACAUGGGCAUGAUGGGGAGGAUGCCGAUGGGCCCUGAUCAGAAAUAUUUAUGAAGAGGAUGGAGGGACGGCCGUCACCAUGGCGACACUGUGAAGCUAACAAAACAUGAUACACACCUGAAUGUUCAGACCUUGCGUGUGAAACUAAUUGUAACACAGUGUAAAUACACACACACACACACACACACACACACACACACACAUGUACUGGAUUCAUCUACGUCCUCUAUAUCUGUCUUUGUCCUGAGAGACUUUCUCUGUUUCUUCGUGAGCUUUCUUCAUCCUGUUUCUCACUGAAAGAUCAAAACUGAACAAACAAGGACACACACACACACACACACAUUUUUGCGAAUGUAUAUCAUGCCGUGUUGACCAUCUGGAUGUAAGAUCACCUUCUGUCCUGUUAAAGGUACGAGAGAGAGAGAGGAAGAGAGAGAGGAAGAGAGAGAGGAAGAGAGAGGAAGAGAGAGAGGAAGAGAGAGAGGAAGAGAGAGGAAGAGAGAGAGGAAGAGAGAGAGGAAGAGAGAGGGGAAGAGAGAGAGGAAGAGAGAGGAAGAGAGAGAGGAAGAGAGAGAGGAAGAGAGGGGAAGCUGUGAUUGCACUUUAACGGAAAGUCAGAGCUGUUUCACGGCGUUAGGAGUGUUGCAAUAUAUUUUUUUCUCUCGCUCAUUUUAGCCUUAUCGGAGAAGCGACGCACAGGAAACGGAGCUGCUCGCCGUUCCCCGCCGGAGCGGGACGAUCAUGAAACCUGAAAGCAGCAAGCACAGACGAUCUGUUUUCUGCAGAUUGAAGCAAUAAAUCUCGUCUCGCCGGAUUCUUCGACUUGUCGACGUGAAGGUUGCAGUAUUAGAAAUCUCGAGCUGGCGUUCACAUUUCUCCUGUGUUCUCCCUCCUCUUCCGUCCGUGAUGAUAAUCUGUAAAUACAGCGCACAUCUUUUAUAUCUGCUUUUGUAGCUCACAGGUUUUGCACAACAGGCUUCGUCAGGCUCCGUGUUUAAAUCGCGUCUGUUCCGCGUUACAGAUCGGUACGUCCGAUUGUUCCAGCAGGGUGCGGGGGUCUCUUUUUUUUCAUCAUUAUUUCUCUAUUUUACUUUAUUUUAUUUUAUUUUAUUAAUAGUAAUCUCUUCACUGAAAAGCCACCACUUUUUUUUAUUCUUUGAACAAAAGCACUUUUUUUUUCGAGAACAUAUUUUCUUCCUCACACUCGUACAUGGCGAAACACGGACUGACGAACCCUCUGACGAACCCUCCGACGAACCCUCCGACGAACCCUCUGACGAACCCUCUGACGAACCCUCUGACGAACCCUCCGACGAACCCUCCGACGAACCCUCCGACGAACCCUCCGACGAACCCUCCGACGAACCCUCUGACGAACCCUCCGACGAACCCUCCGACGAACCCUCCGACGAACCCUCCGACGAACCCUCUGACGAACCCUCUGACGAACCCUCCGACGAACCCUCUGACGAACCCUCUGACGAACCCUCUGACGAACCCUCCGACGAACCCUCUGACGAAUCAGAGUGUGUAUAUUGUAAAGAUGGCACGGGAUCGAUCGGAGGCGCGUCUUUGCGUUUAUGAACCGUUUCCCGUGUUAAACGGUCCUGUGUUUCAGACUCAAUUAGACCUGUGAAGGUUUUAGUACGACAUAAAAACUCCAAUAUCUCCCUCUGUUAUCUUAAAUGUAAUUAUUUUAAGGUGGGAAUCGAUGGGGUGGUGAUCGCCCCCCCACCCCCCACCCCCCACCCCGAUACUAAUGGAGUGUUCGCCCCUGAAAAUCCGUGGAGCCGGCCACGUUUUGAAAACAUCGUCGCGGACUUUGAGGGAUGGUUCGUAAUGCCGUGAUUUAUACCAGUUUAGCGUAACAUGAAAGAAUUCGUAUUGGUAUAUUUUUACGUAAACUGUCUAUUUUAUGUAAAUUAUUCGUACUCGUGUAAGGCCAGCUCAUCCAUCCCCCCGUUGUUUUCGUUUCGUCUCUUCACCCCACUCUCAGAUUCGCUCUGUAGUAAGACUGGAAACGUGGAGCUGUGAGGUUUCAUCUCCUCCUGUUCUGUUCGGUUUAUUUUCAACGUAUUCAGAGUGGAACCAUGCGAAAAUUCAUUAUUUUACACACACACACACACACACACACACACACACACACAGAGAGCAAAUGUCGUCUAAACCCGUCUAAAAAUACGACCGCUUAUCGUUAUUUGGUUUGCUGGAAUAUUUAAAACGACAUAUAAAUACGUAUAAAUAUAAAUAAUUUUCACUCGUUUUCAGAAUCUUGUAGCAUAUUUCAAGGGAUGGUUUAUAACGUCAUAAUUUAUACCAGUUUCGCAUAACGUUAACGGAUCGAUUUUUUAUAUAUUCUUAUAUUUCUUAAGUUUUGCUAAUUGUUUGUGUUAUUUUGUGCUCAUCAUUGAUUAUGAUAAUAAUUAUUAUUCCUGUUCUUGUGUAAAUUAUUUUUACUCGCGUAUGGCCAGAUUACUGCUCGUUCAUUUACAUUUCAAACUUUUCUCCCCAAAGAUUUCUUUCCCCCCCGGGUCAUCUUAUGUCUCUGACGUAGCUGUGUGAAUCACGUAUCGAUUUAAUUAACAUUAUAUUAAUGUAUUUGGGUUUAUUAUUUUUAUUUCGUGGGCCGUGAAGUCGACUUGAUGCUGUAAAUGUUCGAUGAGGAUACGCGAGACUCUUAAUAGUAUUCAGUGCUUUUAUUUUGUCGGGUUGUUUUUUUUUUGUUCGUUUUAGAUCUGGUCUGGUAAUCUGGUCGGAUCUGGGGUUUUAUUUGUUGGUAACGAGCUCUGCCGAUUAAUCGAAAAAAAUCAAAUUCCCUUCAGAACUUGUUCUAAAAAAAAAAAAAAAAAAAAAAAAAAAAAGGUGAACUACACGAAGUUAAAGUAUCUGUGUGCAAUCUCUGUUCAGAUAGAACGUGAAAUAGAUUUUUAAAUCGUGACCAGGGGGUGAUACACGCCUGUCAUCCGCGUGAGGAUGUAAAUUACUAGUGCAUUUAUCAUGUUUCUCGAUGUUAAUAUUGCUGUAAAUACAAAUUUCUAUUUAAACGUU